GCCCGGCCCCGGGUGCGCAGGCGCCGCGGUCCGGGAGUUGUGGCCGCUCCGGGAAGUUGUGCUGGGAGUGCCGUGAGUGCCGAGCCGAGCCCGCCGCCGACCCCGCCAUGUCGGGCUCCUCCAACGUGGCGGCCAUGAAGAAGGUGGUGCAGCAGCUGCGCCUGGAGGCGAGUGUGACCCGCGUGAAGGUUUCUCAAGCUGCAGCUGACUUGAAGCAGUUCUGCCUGCAGAAUGCACAACAUGAUCCCCUCCUGACGGGAGUAUCAUCAAGUACAAAUCCAUUCAGACCCCAGAAAGUUUGUUCAUUUUUGUAAUUAUGUGAACUACUUCAGUAUCUUUCAGUGAUCUUUUAGCAUCUUUUCCUACCUGCUGAUGUGUGUAUGGACAGAGUGCCUCGAGGAGUGGCCUGGUUUGAAGUCUGUAAAAAAGCUUAGCUUUAAUGUGCCAAAUCUAACUCUAAAAGUGCUACUGUCGUCAAACUUCUUACCAUCUACCUCUCCAGAUGAACUGUACGCUAGUUAUGUAUUUCUGUUUCAUACGGGAAUCAGUUUUAUACAUCAAGCAAAAAAAUAAAAGUGUCUUGACUUAG